AUGUUAAGGGGGAUAGGCAUGAUCGGCCUAGCAACACCAAAUGAUUAUAUAUAUAUGUAUAUAUAUAUAUAUAUAUGUAUAUAUGGUUUAACUGUACAAAGUACCGCCAAUUUGCAAGAACAGUCACGUGACGCGACACGUUACCGGGUAUUAUUUUGCACGUAUGGAUCGACACAACUCUUACGUAAUAUAUUUCUUUCUUUUUCUUCCUCCUCCUCCCCCCCCUUUUUUGUUGUGUGUGUGUGUGGUGUGUGGGUUUGGCCACCGUGGCCUUCUUUUUUUUUUUUUUUUUCUUGUUUUUUUUUUCCUUGUUCUUUAAAUUUCUUUUCCUUUUCGUUUGUUUCUAUGUGUGUGAAAUAUGUCCAGACAGACAAAUUCUUUGUGUUUAUCUCUCCAUCUUAUCCCAAACGCCUUUCGACCUAUCAAUUUUACAAUAUAUAUAUAUAUAUAUACACUCACACAUGCGUUCAUAUAUGUAUAUAUACAUACAUAUGA